CUCUCUCUCUGGAUGUUUCUGAGUGUCUGUCUGUGGAUGUCAGGAUGGGCAGCGGAGCGUCCGUCAGCGAAGGAUCCCGGCCAGAGAGGCUGGAAGCCGGGGAACCUGAACCUGAACCUGAACCUAAACCUGAACCUGGACCUGGACCUGAACCUGGACCUGGACCCGACCGGCCCUCCACACCUGCUGGACGGAGCGACGACACCCUGCAGGCAGAUGAGGAGGAAAGGAAGCCUGAAAGUCACAGUGUGGAGAUCCAGUCUUUAAAGAGUGAAGAGAGCAGCAUGCAGACAAAGAGAGAGGAAGAAGAGGAAGAAGAAGAUGAAUACCAAGAAGAAGAAGAAGAGGAAGAAGAAACAACACAAACUGUCCUGAGUCCGGCUGUUACUGAAACGGUUGCAGAAGGUGAAGAAGUGUCUCUGGAUUUUGAGAGUUUCCUCCACAACAACGGGACGCUGUAUAGCUGCUUCAACCAUCAUGAAAACAGAGUUUAUGUCGACGAGUCGCAGAACCUGCAGCCGUUUCCAAAGGAGUGGUACAGUCAGGGGCACUUCAUCACCUCCAACAACGAGGGCUCCGGUCAGCUGCAGACUCCGGCCAGCAGCCAGCCGGCGGUCCGAGAGGACGAUCGCACCGGCAGCAUCUACAUCCAAGGAAAAGGAACCGUCAUGACCUACAUGUUUGAGGAGCGGGUGAAUGUCUGCAGGUUCUGGGAUCCUCAGGCGGGUGUGUGGCUGCUGCUGCCGCUGCAGUGGGAGGUAAACGUUGACUUCGUCAAAGCUCGAGUCCAACGAGUCAUGUCCACUCUACCAGGUCUGGUGGACCAGAAGGAGAUCACUGCAGCACUCAGACAGUGUAACUACGACCCUGAAGAGGUCAUCUCCGUCUACCUCGCCAUGUUUGGAGAAAUCCUCCUGCAGGCCUCUCAGAGCGGAGAUCACAACUACACCGACCUCAACUCCUUCAGAGCCCUCCUGGAGCGGGACAGGGUCAUCGAGGAUCUGCGGCAGAAACUGCAGACCAAAGAGAAAGAGGUGGACAAUCUCUUCCAGAGGAACAGCUACCUGGCGAGGGAAGUACGCUACCUCAGUGAAGUCGUUCAGCACCUGAACCAGAAGCUGGCGGAGCUUGAGGCCGACCAGCAGGAGGCACGAGAGAAGAUCCGAUCCCUCUCGAACCGCCGGGCUCCCGUUGUCCCACCUGUCAAAACCAUCACCAAGCCGUCCGUGGAGCCCGACCAACUCCGCCAGGUGAGCCGGCUCACCCGCGAGCUGAACGUCUCCAACAAGCAGCUUCACUCCACAGUCAGCCAGGCGCUGACCGACAUGAAGAACCAGCUGGAGCAGCUGAAGGGCGCCGUGGGGACGGUGGCCCAGGUGGAGCAGGAGGCAGCCGGGGAGGUGGAGGAGCUGCGGUCCCUUUACAGGAAGGAGGCGGUGGAGAGGAAGAGCCUGUACAACAAGCUGCUGGAGCUGCAGGGAAACAUCCGGGUGUUCUGUCGCUGCAGGAUGAGCUCGGCCUCCGGAUGCUGUCUGGAGAAAACCGACGACCAGGAAAUGGUGGUCGUCCAGAAGGGAAGCAGGAAGAAGUUCCACUUCGACAAAGUCUACGCUCAGAGCAGCACACAGGAGGAGGUGUUUGCAGGAACUCUGCCGGUGAUAACUUCCUGUGUGGACGGCUAUAACGUCUGCAUACUGGCGUACGGACAAACGGGCUCGGGGAAGACGUACACCAUGAUGGGCAGCAAGGAAAACCCUGGAGUCAACAUCAGGUCUAUACGAGAACUUCUACGCAUCUGUGCAGGAAAAGAGAAGAUCUCCUACACUCUGAAGAUCUCGAUGUUGGAGAUUUACAACGACAGUCUAAACGACCUUUUGAUCAAAAGCCCCGGCGCUGCUCUGGACAUCAGAGUCCAGGGGAAGUCGGUGUCGGUCCCAGGACUGACCCAGAUCCAGGUGCAGACCGAGGCCGACAUCCUCAACGUCAUGGAGACGGGUGAAAAGAACCGAAAGAUCGCCUCGACCAAGAUGAACAUUCAGAGCUCCCGGUCUCACCUGGUGGUGGCGCUGCAGGUGGAGGGCUCAGACGAAGUGUCGGGACUGACGUCUCGCGGCACGCUGACCUUGUGCGACCUCGCUGGAUCUGAGCGGAUCUCCAAGACCGAAGCUGAGGGUCAGAGGCUGGUGGAGGCGGCCGCCAUCAAUAAAUCACUGACAGCACUGGGACAGGUGUUCAGUGCUCUGAAGUGUAACGCCCUCCACAUCCCGUUCAGGAACUCUAAACUCACCCACCUCCUGCAGCCCUGCCUCAGUGGAGACGCUAAGUGCUGCGUGUUUGUGAAUGUCAGUCCAGACACGAAGAACGAGGCGGAAACACUGAGCACGCUGCAGUUCGGUUCCACCAUACGGCAGGUCGCGCUCGGAAAAGCAACGCAGAACAUCGUGCCGGCUAAAAACAACAAGACAGUCAAGUAGACGGAGAGCGGGUGUUAGACAACAUUUAUUCAACAGAA